CGUGAAGUUCAGUAUUUUGAGCGCGUUCUUCAACAACGGUUGCAUUCCUAUUCAAUAGCACAGUUCAAGUUUGGAUACGUCGCGUGUUCAGUUUUGGGUUCCAAAAUACAAAACAAAGAUAGCGUGCAAACAGCGUCCAUCACGACCGUAGCUAGCGAGCGUUUGUUUGAAUACUAAUCUGAGCGAAACGACCAUUUUCAGGUCAUAGAUACGCAUUCACUUGAACAGCAAUGAACAUAGAGAUCUCCCGCUUAACAAUGGCCAGUACGGAACAAGGUGGAACUGAUCAAACGGAUCGGGGCCUGCGGAAGGAUUACUUCAACAGUAGUGGCGUAACGAAAUUUAUACCUCCAGUCUUCAAGUUAUUGGAAAUGGCUGUGGCAAUCAUCUGCAUCGGAUUGAUCGACGAUCCGGCCAAUAACUCUCGAUUUCGUGUGUUUAUGACAGCACGCACAACCGCUCUUGCCUACUCUACCUUCGUGCCGUUUUUGAUACUCUCGGUGAUUUACCUGUUCGGAAAAGUACUUCGAGAAAAUGUUCCAUGGAAACUACAGUCUCUACUGAAUUUGACUGCAUUUAUCAUGUACCUCGCCACAGCUGCCUGCAUUCUCAGUGACUGGUCAGAAACAAAGAAUAGAAACUAUUGGCCACCAAACACCCAACGAAUGGAUUUUCAAUGUGGUGCCGGAGCUUUGGCGAUCAUCGGAGCCUUAUUAUACCUAAUUGAUCUGGUUGUAACCGUCCGGCUUGGUAUUAAGGGUGACAUCGAGUAAAACUGCGGAACGUUGUAAACUAUUCGGUUGUAAAUAUUCUCAAAAGCAUGAUGCACAAUAAGAUCCUGUUUCAGAUGUCUUUCGAAGCAUUCCGUCCAAAAUUUUUACGACUUUACAAUACUUUUCAGCGCAAGAAAGUUUAUAUCUAUGGACCAAAAAGUAGCGAUAAGAGCAAACUACUAUUAUAUCGUUUUCAAGAUUUUUUUUAUAUAUAUAAAUUAUUGUUGUUGCAAGUACUAACUCUAAAAAGCACAGUAAGCAAUAUACAUCGAAUACAUCGUAAGAAUGCAGAAUCUCCAAAUGUGCAUAUUUUAAAAAUCGAAGCCAUAUUAUUGACUUAGUGUUAAAAUGAAUGUACAAAAUGCACGGUUAAAGACGACCAUGGAAACCCACAACGUAAAUAAAUGAUCUUUUAAAACAA